AUGACAAGCACUGGAACGGGCAACCAAGUAUCGACAAUAACCUUACCGCCAACGGGAACUUACCAAACAGGAACCAAGAUCGUUGUAGAACCUAGCGCUACGUUUACCGGCCCAUUUACUACAAUGACAAGCACUGGGACCGGAACCCAAUUAUCGACAAUUACUCUACCACCAACGGGAACUGACCAGACUGGAACCAAGAUCAUUGUGGUUCCUAGCAGCGUAUUUACCGGUCCAUUUACUACUAUUACCAGUACUGGAACUGGCUUGCAGUCAUCUACCGCUACUCUACCACCGUCUGGCACUGAUACAAUGGGGACUAUUAUUAUUGUAGUUCCCACUAGAGUAUUUACCGGUCCAUUUACUACCAUUACUAGCACCGGAACCGGCUUGCAGUCAUCUACCUCUACUUUACUACCAUCCGGGACAGGUACUAUGGGGACUAUUAUUAUUGUAUUUCCCAGCAGCGUAUUUACCGGUCCAUUUACUACUAUUACCAGUACUGGAACCGGCUUGCAGUCAUCCACCGCUACUCUACUACCAACCGGAACAGGUACAAUUGGAACUGUUGUUGUUAUUGUUCCUAGCAAUGUAUUUACCGGUGCAUUUACUACUAUUACCAGCACCGGAACUGGCUUGCAGUCAUCUACCGCUACUCUAUUACCAUCGGGGAUAGGUACUAUGGGGACUAUUAUUAUUGUAGUUCCCAGCAACGUAUUUACCGGUCCAUUUACUACCAUUACUAGCACCGGAACUGGCUUGCAGUCAUCUACCGCUACUCUACCACCGUCUGGCACUGAUACAAUGGGGACUAUUAUUAUUGUAGUUCCCAGCAGCGUAUUUACCGGCCCAUUUACUACUAUUACUAGCACCGGAACCGGCUUGCAGUCAUCUACCGCUACUCUACUACCAUCCGGGACAGGUACUAUGGGGACUAUUAUUAUUGUAGUUCCCAGCAGCGUAUUUACCGGUCCAUUUACUACUAUUACUAGCACCGGAACUGGCUUGCAGUCAUCUACCGCUACUCUACCACCGUCUGGUACUGAUACAAUGGGGACUAUUAUUAUUGUAGUUCCCACUAGAGUAUUUACCGGUCCAUUUACUACCAUUACUAGCACUGGGACCGGAACCCAAUUAUCGACAAUUACUCUACCACCAACGGGAACUGACCAGACUGGAACCAAGAUCAUUGUGGUUCCUAGCAGCGUAUUUACCGGCCCAUUUACUACUAUUACCAGUACUGGAACUGGCUUGCAGUCAUCUACCGCUACUCUACCACCGUCUGGCACUGAUACAAUGGGGACUAUUAUUAUUGUAGUUCCCACUAGAGUAUUUACCGGUCCAUUUACUACCAUUACCAGUACUGGAACUGGCUUGCAGUCAUCUACCGCUACUCUACUACCGUCUGGUACUGAUACAAUGGGGACUAUUAUUGUUGUAGUUCCCAGCAGCGUAUUUACCAGUCCAUUUACUACUAUUACCAGCACCGGAACUGGCUUGCAAUCAUCUACAGCUACGCUACUACCAACCGGAACAGGUACAAUGGGGACUAUUAUUAUUGUAGUUCCCAGCAGCGUAUUUACCGGCCCAUUUACUACUAUUACUAGCACCGGAACCGGCUUGCAGUCAUCUACUGCUACUCUACUACCAUCCGGGACAGGUACUAUGGGGACUAUUAUUAUUGUAGUUCCCAGCAGCGUAUUUACCGGUCCGUUUACUACUAUUACCAGUACUGGAACCGGCUUGCAGUCAUCUACUGCUACUUUACUUCCAUCCGCAACAGGUACAAUCGGAACUGUUAUUGUUGUAGUUCCCAGCAGUGUAUUUACGGGUCCAUUUAGUACAAUGACAAGCACUGGGACCGGAACCCAAUUAUCGACAAUUACUCUACCACCAACGGGAACUGACCAGACUGGAACCAAGAUCAUUGUGGUUCCUAGCAGCGUAUUUACCGGCCCAUUUACUACUAUUACCAGUACUGGAACUGGCUUGCAGUCAUCUACCGCUACUCUACCACCGUCUGGCACUGAUACAAUGGGGACUAUUAUUAUUGUAGUUCCCAGCAGCGUAUUUACCGGUCCAUUUACUACUAUUACCAGCAUCGGAACCGGCUUGCAGUCAUCUACCGCUACUCUACUACCAUCCGGGACAGGUACUAUGGGGACUAUUAUUAUUAUAGUUCCCAGCAGCGUAUUUACCGGUCCAUUUACUACUAUUACCAGCACCGGAACUGGCUUGCAAUCAUCUACCGCUACUUUACUACCAUCUGGCACAGGUACAAUAGGGACUAUUAUUGUUGUGGUUCCCAGCAGCGUAUUUACAGGUCCGUUUACUACUAUUACCAGUACUGGAACCGGCUUGCAGUCAUCUACCGCUACUUUACUUCCAUCCGGAACAGGUACAAUCGGAACUGUUAUUGUUGUAGUUCCCAGCGGUGUAUUUACGGGUCCAUUUAGUACAAUGACAAGCACUGGGACCGGAACCCAAUUAUCGACAAUUACUCUACCACCAACGGGAACUGACCAGACUGGAACCAAGAUCAUUGUGGUUCCUAGCAGCGUAUUUACCGGCCCAUUUACUACUAUUACCAGUACUGGAACUGGCUUGCAGUCAUCUACCGCUACUCUACCACCGUCUGGCACUGAUACAAUGGGGACUAUUAUUAUUGUAGUUCCCAGCAGCGUAUUUACCGGCCCAUUUACUACUAUUACCAGCACCGGAACCGGCUUGCAGUCAUCUACCGCUACUCUACUACCAUCCGGGACAGGUACUAUGGGGACUAUUAUUAUUAUAGUUCCCAGCAGCGUAUUUACCGGUCCAUUUACUACUAUUACCAGCACCGGAACUGGCUUGCAAUCAUCUACCGCUACUUUACUACCAUCUGGCACAGGCACAAUAGGGACUAUUAUUGUUGUGGUUCCUAGCAGCGUAUUUUCCGGUCCGUUUACUACUAUUACCAGUACUGGAACUAGCUUGCAGUCAUCUACCUCUACUUUACUACCAUCCGGAACAGGUACAAUCGGAACUGUUAUUGUUGUAGUUCCCAGCAGUGUAUUUACGGGUCCAUUUACUACUAUUACCAGCACCGGAACUGGCUUGCAGUCAUCUACCGCUACUCUACUACCAUCCGGGACAGAUAUUAUGGGGACUAUUAUUAUUGUAGUUCCAAGCAGCGUAUUUACCGGUCCAUUUACUACUAUUACCAGCACUGGAACCGGCUUGCAAUCAUCUACCGCUACUUUACUACCAUCUGGCACAGGUACUAUGGGGACUAUUAUUAUUGUAGUUCCCAGCAGCGUAUUUACCGGUCCAUUUACUACUAUUACCAGCACCGGAACUGGCUUGCAAUCAUCUACCGCUACUUUACUACCAUCUGGCACAGGUACAAUAGGGACUAUUAUUGUUGUGGUUCCUAGUAGCGUAUUUACCGGUCCGUUUACUACUACUACCAGUACUGGAACCGGCUUGCAGUCAUCUACCUCUACUUUACUACCAUCCGGAACAGGUACAAUCGGAACUGUUAUUGUUGUAGUUCCCAGCAGUGUAUUUACGGGUCCAUUUACUACUAUUACCAGCACCGGAACUGGCUUGCAGUCAUCUACCGCUACUCUACUACCAUCCGGGACAGAUAUUAUGGGGACUAUUAUUAUUGUAGUUCCAAGCAGCGUAUUUACCGGUCCAUUUACUACUAUUACCAGCACUGGAACCGGCUCGCAGUCAUCUACCGCUACUCUACUACCAACCGGGACAGCUUUCGACAUUUUCACAAACCCUACCCCCAAGUGGAAUUGA